AGUCGAGGAAUUAGAACAAAAGAAUAUAGAGCUUGAGACUAAACUCGCUAUAUUAGAACAGGAAAAAGAAGAAAAAAGUAUUUCUACGGAAGAUGUUUCGUACUCUCCAGUAAAAUCUAACGAUACUCUCAAACAGAUAGUGCUACAAUGUGGUGAGUCAGAGACUCGUGGCUAUGCCACUGAUAUCCUGGUAUCUGAUAUAACUGAUGACACUUUAAAUUCUGAUGACACCUCUGAACAGGCGGUCUUGCAAAAUAAGGAUGCUCCGACAUCUGAUGUACUCAAUAAUGUUUCAAAUUCUGACGAAUAUCAGUCUCAAGUCUCCGAUUCAUCUUUGACUAUACCACCUAUAUGU